UAGACGUGGUAGCUGUCUUAUUUUAAGUCGUUCUUAUCAAUCUACCCAUUCAUAAUUUCUACUAUGCCCCUUUCCCUUCUUAGCUGCUGACGGUCUGCACCAGAAUCUAGAUAGUCAGAAGUCAGAAACAGAAACUUUCCUUUUUCAGGUUAGUAUACAUCUCUUCAAAGUUAACAUAUAUUCAAACCCCUUUUAGAGAGUUGAGAUCAUUAAAAAAGAUUGAAGUCCAGAAUCCAAGAUUUUAGGAGAUUGUGAUUAUAUGGCUUUGAAUUAUGUGGAUUUAAAACUAGUACGAAAGGGUUUGGAUUUUACUCGAAAAGAUAGGAACUUGGUUGUUGCUUUGGGAGCUCUUGGUGUCACUAGUUAUGGUGCUUAUAGGGCUUAUUGGUCACCUUCUAUGGUUAGAAAAAGGGAGAAAAUUUUGAAAAUUAUAGGUGCUUUUGUUUCUUUAGCUGAAAUGGUGUCUGAUUCAGCUGAUGUAAUUGGGAUUCUCUCUAAAGAUCUAAAGGAGUUCAUUGCAUCUGACUCUGUUCAAAUUCCUAGAAGUUUGAAACAGAUUUCCAAGAUUGCUAAGUCAGAUGAGUUUUCACAAUCUGUUGUUAAUGUCACAAGUGCGUUGACUGUGGGAGUUGUGAAAGGUUACCAGCAAGAAACCGCGAAAAAUGGUGUUUCUGGGGUUGCAAAUUCUGGCCCAUUUGACCAUAUUUUGGAUAAGUUGUUUUCUGAUGCAGGGUCUGGUUUUGCUUCUGUAAUUGUUGGGAGCUUCGCCAAGAAUUUGGUUCUUGCUUUUUGUUCGGACAAGAAAGGCAAUGGUACUGAUUGUGAAUUUGAAUAUUCUGUUCCAGGAUGGGUUGAUGUUCUAUGCCAGGAUAAGUGCAGAGAAUUAAUAGGCAAUUGCGUACAGUUGUUUGUGAGCACUGCUGUUGCUGUUUAUCUUGACAAGACAAUGAAUAUCAACACAUAUAAUGAAAUCUUUUCUGGGUUGACUAAUCCCAAACAUGAAGCCAAAAUGAGAGACAUGUUAGUGGCAAUAUGUAGUGGUGCCAUUGGAACUUUUGUCAAAACUUCUCAUAAAGUUUUGACAAGUACUGAUAUGGAUAUGGAUAUGGAUGGUACCACUUCAAAAAUAUAUUCUUCGUCUUUGCCACUUAGUUUCAAAGCCAAACAAUUUAUGGAUGAAGACCAGAACAUGUACAAUGGGUGGACAAAUAAAGUAUCUUAUACUUUGGCAGCGCCAAAGAAUAAGAGGUUUAUUCUUGAUUUGACUGGGAGGGUGACCUUUGAGAGUGUUAGAUCUUUUCUGGAGUUUCUGCUGGAAAAGUUGCGUGAGUGUUUGAGAAAAAGCAUAGAUGUUGUUCAAGAGGAGGUGAAGUAUUUGAGAAGAAGUGUAGAUGUUAUACAGGAGGAGGUUGUUGAUACGAGUGCUGAAGCUUAUAGGUAUGUGAGUGGGAAGUCUUCUACUGCUGUUAGUGUCUGCCUCACUUUGUGUUUGCACAUACUUAAUGGUCCUUGGAUCUUGGUUCCAAAUUAAAGUUUCAGUAUAGAAUCUUGGGAAGGUACUUUUAUCAUUUGUAAAACUUCCUAUUACAUUCUUUCGUUAAGGGAAUAUUGGUUGGUGUAACUGUACGUAGUUGCUCUGUACUUGAUUGAUUGAUUGUAUUUUACUAAUACAAGUUGUCAAAGUGAAUGUAAAUUUGCCCGUAUUUUUCUCC